AUGGGCUGGAACGCUUUUAAGCGACGACGGCCGAAAGGAAGAGAACCCAGCCCGACAGCUACUGCUUCCGCUGUCCAGCAGCCUUACAACAACAGCAACACUAGCGGUGUCAGCAGAGGACAUGUCGAUUCCACUGUGCAGGUCGCACCACCUACGCGUAAACACCUGAGCAUAUAUCGAACCAUCAUCUCCAAAAAGAAUACAACCACAACUACCACCACCACCACCACCACUACCGAGUCGGCUCCUCAUGAGCCUCAAUUCGUCAUGGCUCCGGCAGCCUCCCUGUCUCCAAUCGUGGAGGAGGCGCUCCAAGGCCGCCCUCCUUUGGCGGUAAAGGUCCAAAUCACCAUCGCCGACAAGCCGGCCUACACAAGAGUUUAUGCUAGCUCACAGGCUCUCCGCCCUUCGAACCGACUGUGUCAGGGCUUGCUUCGCCGUGUCGAGCACUGCAGCAAAGAGUUUAUAACCCGAAGAGAUUCGGACGCUCUUUUGCAUCGUCGAUUCGGUCAAGCACCGAGCGCCCUGCGAUAUGAAUUCACCUACACCAUCAUCCGGUCUGGUGCUGUCUGGGCAGAGGAAACCUUCAAGUCCUACCAGCGGGCUCCCGUCACUGAUGAGCUGGCCAAUGAGAUCAUCCUGUCCACCCACUACGUCGUCGGUCUUUUCUUCAGGCGACACGAUAAGGAGUUCAAGUGGACGCAAGAACCAGCCUCGGACCGGCUGUCAAAAAGGUUAUCUGCAUCAUCACUAAGCCCAUACGACGCCCUCACGCUUGGGUGUAUACCGCAGUCUAGGUUUAUCGAAUCGACACAGUCUUUCGAGUUCAUCCCCGGCUACAGCAUUGAGCUUUCGUUCCGAAGCUUCACCACACACCGGCGUACCCAGCGCGAGUGGACUCGGAGCUUACGGUUGAAGAGUGCCCAGGAUUCACCGCUCAACCUCGCCCAAAGCGAGAGGUUGUUAUGGGACUCAUUCGAGGCGGUGAACUCGGCCAUCAGCGCCAAGAAGCGCUCAUUUGAGCUCGAGCAUGAGUCCUGCGAGUGGUUGGAAGGCCCUGUUGAUUGCCAACAUUUCGAGGAGAACGCGUUGAGUCUUGAGCUAAGGAUUGCCAACAACCUUGGCCCUGUGUAUGAACACAUGCACCGCGGCAUUCGCUCCAAGCUUUCAAUGUUUAGACAGCAAGAUGGCGAGGAUUGCUAUGCCUUUCUUCGUGAUGUACAAACAGAACUUCUCAGGCUCCGAGACUUGGCCGACGAGCAAGUCUCUCGCACAAACGACUUUGAAUUAAGGAUAUUAGAAUUAACGGGUGCCCAAGGCUGGAAGAUCUCCAGACCGGCAAGGGUAACCCUCGACAACACCAAGUCCCACUCGCAGCGGACUGUCGAGGCCAUUCUUGACCGUGUCCACACUGGUAUUACAGACGUGCUCCGCGCCCCUGGGGCAUCCAUACACAUUGCAGCAUACAAGAGGGGCCAUCUCAUAUUAGAUAGGGAAAUCAGUGCACAACAAGGGUCCAGCAAGAAGCCUUCUAGCACGGCAAGUAACCCGGUUAGCAUACAGGCUGAGAAAGACUAUCUAGUCCAAGCUUUGGAAUCACGGAUCCGUCAAGACCUCGACAUGCUGCUCGAAGACACAUGCUCUUUGGAAGGCCUGCCUGAGGACAAUGAUGAGGAUUUGACGCCAACCACAUCAGUAUCGCCACAAAACCAAGAUGAAGACACACAGCUAGACUACAGAGAAAACUCUACAGCCACCCAAGACUCGAUAAGAAGGUUUCCACUAUCCAAGAGUCCAGAGGAAUCACGGGCCGCGACGCCGAUGCAGCAAUCGCCGAUACCGCUCAGGAGGAAGAAGACCUUCAUCAUGCCAGCCUCUCGAGAUACCCCGGCCUACCGACUCUUUCCGUUGGUUCCCGACAAGUUUAUCCAGAGCCGUUCCCGCCAAAACAGCGAGUCUACUCUCUCCAGUCAAGCCUCGGAGUCAUCUCCUGCGGUGCUCAAAAAGGUCAACGUGCAACCGGUGCACGUCAUCGACCCUGAUCUAUUCAGGGGCCAUGCCUUUUCGGGUUCUGACGGCACCGCGUCGGAGCAUGCGGGAACGGUGCCUGAGAUUUUGUCGGAAGAAUCUGACCGAUCCGAGUGUGGCGGGACGGAGUUGUCAGCUGCCGAGGAUUACGUGUUUACACAGGAGUCAUCAUUGAUGAGCGAUGCUCAAGAUUCGGUGGCUGGCGACAUGGUCGAACUUGAUUGUGUCGACUCUGCUCAGGCCUCUGUGACGCAGCUAGGUUCCCAGUCCGCAGGGAAGUUUGACGACCACGCCCUUGAGGAAAAGGCCGAUUGUGCAGAUGUCGAGGUUUCUGAGGGAUCGAGCAAACGUGCAAGCCUGAGCCGUGACGACGAGUCUAUCCCGUCAACUCCUGGGCUCAGCCAUGGAGAAGGGCCCUCGCCUCGCGACAGUUUCCUGAUGACACCGCCAUUCUCAAAAUCGACUCCCGUGACCUGUCCCAGGAUACCAUUGUCCUUUGAAUCUGACAAGGCUGAAGAAGAUGGCCACUUCAGCUACCCACCUAGCGAGACGGAAGAGGAAGAGAAGACGCCAACUGGGUCAACCCCACAGAUACCUAUGGCGCACGAGGUGGCAGUCGUGCCAGCAAAUGGAACGCCAGAGCCGGACACUGUUGUUCUGAGGAAUGCGGAUGGAUUCUCUCGGAGCGAGACAUCGUUCGGCUUUGACGAAGAUCAAGCACUGACCGAGUUCCAUCCCUCAGCUUCGGGUACCCCGACGCAGGCUGUGGCAGAACUGGCAUCAUCUUUUAUCGCCUCACAAAUAUCGGUUCCAGACGUGGAGCCUCCACGAAGCGCUGGAACUAUUGUCGCUCCUACCCCAGCAGCUCAAGAGCCCGAAGGGAACGUAUUCGACAGUGCAUUCGCUGAGAAGUCGGUCGCCCAACCGCCUACUCUGCUGACGAAUUAUUGCCCAUCGACCAGUCUUGGAGACAGUUUGCUCGAGCUACAGCCGGCUCGAUCCAGGCGCACAAUCGAGCGGCCGAGCCCUAUCCUGAUCACCAGGAACAGCGUGUCGUCAUGGGAGGACUACGUUAGCGCUAGCCAGCGCGACUCUGUCGAUACCAUCAAGUCUGAGGUGGACGUUUCCGCCAUCAUGUCGGACCACCAGCCAACCGCGCGCCCGUCGAGUCCGACACGCCGCAAAUCCAUCCCUACUGCAGGCGUUUUGGGACUCCACGAGGCAGGGAGCAGGCGGUCGGGGCCCUUUGGGGCCCUCAAGAGCGCCUUCUCUGGCGGCCAGCACUGGCUUGACAGUGAGAGAUUCCGGGUCAGUGGGUCGAGCUCGCGACCGCAGACCGCCCCAGGCCUUGUCGCACAAAAGUUCUUCCCCGAGGGCGUCACCACGCCGCCUCAUCCAGAGAGCCCCGUGACGCCGACGACCAAGUCGCCUCGUCGACCAUACAUUCGGAAACGCACCAAGAGCAUCGCCACCGCUACCAUCGUUCGAGCCACCCCGAAGCGGCCGCACAAGUCGCACAGGGGCCGGGCCAAAUCAGCUGCUUUUGCCGAGCUGGAGCGUGGGCGAGAGGAGAAGCAAGGCAAGGAAGCCGAAGCACUGGACGGAACCGGCGAAAAGCCCAUGUUGCCACGCUUCAUGAUGCUGUUUGCCGGUAUGGCUGUCGCGUCGUCAAUGCUCAACAAGAACUGA